GCCUGUGUCACAAGAUGUCUCAAAAAAAAUUUUUUUAAGAGGUGUCUCAAAAGAAUUUGUAGUCUUAGACCAUCUCCAAAUCAAGAGGCAAAGAUUUUAUUAUACUACUGACAUUGGGCUAAUUUUGGAUUUUUAGCAAAGAAAAGGGAUAAAAGUAGGUUUUUUUAAUAGGAAAAAAAUAACCUCAGGGAUUGACAUCAUAAUUUGACUUUCUGAUUGGAUAUAUUAACUAUAGGUCAUGAUGAUUUUGUCAAUGGAAGAAAUUUGACAAAGAAUUCAACUGGGAUCACUGAAAUAAAGGCCAACUUAAGGAUAACAAAAGGCCUAAUUAAGAACAAAAAGUCCACUCACAGGCAAGAUAAUCCUAUCAGUGCUCUUCCCCACUUUCCUCAAGGUGUACAUUAGAUGGUAAAAUUCAGCCUCUCCUAUUAAUGCCAUUUCCAGUGAUCUGCCCAGCUAUCCAAGAAUCUGAGAUCUUUCUUCACCUCCAACACAGGUUAAAAUAUCAUGAGCACAUACAGAUGUAUAUUAGCAUUUUACUUUGUAAAUCAGCUUUCAAGUAUGGUGUUAUUUCCAUCCCUGCUAUUACUCACGUUCAGUCUCCUCACGCCUUGACACCUACUGUAGUAAGUAGGAUCUUGAGGAAAUCAGGAGUUCGGGCAGAUGAUUUACUACAGGAACUUCAGGUACAUUUUCAAGCUCUGACUGAAACAAUAACUCUCAAAAUGGAAGAAAUGGGGAAUCGGAUUGAUGAUUUACAGAACAAUGUAAAUGAUCUCAUGAUAGAAGCAGGGAUCCAAAAUACAAAGAAUAAAUGAAAUGAUGAACAGGCCUAUUUCAGAAAAGUCUGGACUUAAAUGAACUAAGGCCAAGUGAAAUGAACAGAACCCGCAAAACAGUGUAUACAGUAACAGCAAAAUUAUGUGAUGAUCAACUAUGACAGAUUGAACUCUUCUCAUGAAUAUAAUGAUUCUAAACAAUUCCAAUAGACUUGAAAUGGAAAAAUGCCAUCCACAUCUAGAGAAAGUCAACUAUGGAGACUGAAUGUGGUUUGAAGCAUACUAUUUUCUUUUUUUAGUUUGUUUUUUCUUUCUUGUGGGUUUUCCCUUUAAUUUUGAUUUUUCUCUCACAACAUGACUAAUAUGAAAAUGUUUAAAAUGACUGUACAUGUAUAACCUAUAUAAGAUUGAUUAGUGUGUCUUGGGGAUGGGGUAGGUAAGGAAGGAAGGAAAAAAAUUUAGAACUCAAAAUUUUACAAAAAGAAAUGUUGAAUAUAUUGUAUCUAGGAUAUACUGCAACAUAUCCAACAUAUAAAGGACUGCUUGCCAUCUAGGGGAGGGGGUGGAGGGAGGAAGGGAAAAAAAAUUGGAACAGAAACGAGUGUCAAUAUAAAGUAAUUAUUAAAUAAAAAUUUAAAAAAAAAAAAAGAAAUGUUGAAAUGUACAUGUAUGUGUAAUUAGAAAAAAUAAAACGCUAUUAAGUGGAAAAAUAAAUAAAUAUAAAGGGAGAAGUCAGGGAAAUUGUUAUCUAGACAACCAGGGGUUUUGUUCUAUAAUGGUUUCCCAAUAACUAAUUUCAACAAAGUCAAUAUACAUGGAAUGCAAUAUCAAAUUAUUAUGAUUAAUUAUAUCCUGACAGCACUUUAUCACACAAUCCCAUGGUUUGUUUAAAAACCUCAAUGAUCUAUAAAUCAAUUUGGCUAUAGUUUAAAUAUGCAAGAAUCUUUACAAAGAAACUAUAGGGAAAAGCAAUGUUGUAUAUAAAAAUGACUUUUGCUUUUAAAUUUUAUUGUGCCUAAUAUCCAUAAGCCUCAUUUGGUACCAAUUGCUUGAUCCUAUUAGCUAAUUUUUAUGAGUCAAUUCUUUGUUUCCCCAACUAAUGUAAGCCCUUUAAAAACUGCUCAUCACACAUGCAUAAGAGGGGCUCAUCAAAUACCUGUUAAAUAAAUUAAUAUCAUCAGUAAUAAAAAGUUAACAUCAAUUAAAGUAUAAACAUUUAAAAAAAAGUUUCCUUUAUUUUGCUAAAAUAAACAAGAGAACUAAUGUAUGAGAACAAAACCUAUUCCAUUUCCCAGUGAUUUAAGUAAAAACAUCGCUAUUGUGAAUGUGGUAUCAUAACUGUAAUACAUUCUAAUACAGCACUUCUUUUUGCACAAUGGAGCAGACAUUUUCUAUUAUUAGACACUGAUUAUAACUAAAGGCAAGGUGUAUCUUAAUGUAGAUUGAGGAAUAUCACUUCAAUGGCAUUAUUCAAAAAUAUGCUAGUUUAAAAGUAUCAGCUGGACUGGGGGAGGUGGUGAGGGGAAAGGAGGGGAAAAAAUUAUAAGUGUUUUGUAGGGGUGAAUGUCAAAAAAUAUUAUUUAUUUUGAAAAUAAAAAGCUUUCAUUAAAAAAAAAUAAAUGUUAAGCAGAAUUUCCGCUGCCCCUUCCCCCCCCCCCCCCCCCGCCAAAAAAAAGGUUUGGUUUUGAUAAUCUAAGGAAAAACAUUGUUAUUUUCAAUGUUUUACUACACUGCUGUACACUUGCAAACUAGAAAGGAAAAUUUGGAAUUUCUGAUUCAGGUGUUAUAUUUAGGCAGAAUUUCCCUUUUUCUUUUUCAGAGAUUGUUAAAUCAUGACAAUAGUUGCUUUGCUCCUCAAAAAUGCUAUUUCCAUCACUUUAAAUAAAGCAUUUUUAUUUGUGAUUUGCACUUUCAAAAAUAAUGAAUGGUGUUUACAAAGCUGGCAUACACAAAACAAUAAAAAAAAUAACAGAAUUAAAACAAAAUAAUUAUGAAGAGGGUGUAUAUCAACAUUCCCAUAUCAGGCACUGUAAAUGUUACUCCAAGUGAAUAAAUCAGACAACUAAGGCCAAAGAAAGGGUAAAUAUGUAGGGUUCUUGCUAUCAACAAUUCAAGAAAUACUUGCUAAAUAAUCUACUGGAUGACAAGACAUUCAAAAUACAAAGACAAAUGAAAACAGUACCUGCCUUCAAGGAAAUUACAUUGUACUAUUUGUAUAUAUUUUGUAUAUAUCACAUAAAUAAGUAGAUACUAAGAAUACAGAGUAAUUUUGGAGUCCUCCAAAACACUAAAAACUGUGGAAUAAGAAUAGGAAAGGUCUCAAUUAAGAGAUGGAACCUGAGUAAACCUUGAAGGUGAGAUUUAAAAACCCACAUAUCAAUACAUAUACAACAGUUCAAUAAAGUAAAGAACACUAACAAUUUUACGGGUAGGUAGUAGUAGCUUUAUAAAAGCUUUCCAUGGAAGUGGCCACUUAGCUAAACAUUAAAAGGAAGCUAGAGACUCUUAAGAAGUUGGGGUAAGGAGGAAGCACACUCUAGGCACAAGAGAUGAAAAAGACUAUGCAAAGUUACUAUGCAAAGAGAUGGAAGAUGGCAUUUUUUCAAGUUCAGAGAGAUGACAACCAAUUUGACUUAAAUAAGUGAAGGGAAGAAAUAACAGAAUACAGGAAGGCAGAUUGUAAAGAACUUAAAUAUGUAGGGAUUGUUUUAUUAUUUAUACAUGUAACUCCAGUGCCUCAUAACAGUGCUUGGUAUAUUGUAGGCACCUAAUAAUCACUGAAUACUUGUUUGAGUAAUUAAAUGAUCAAGUCUAAAUUUUAACCCAGUGCAAUAGAAAGCUAUUAAAGAUUUUUGUAUAGGACAGAAAUGUGAUCAGAUCUUUGUUUUAAAAAUAUUAAUCAGAAUUAGAAAGAUUAAUUUGCUAAUUGUAUAGAAAAUAGAUUAGAAAGAGGAGAGACCUGGAGCAGAAGGAACAAAGGAAGCUCACCAGUUUAAUGGGGAAAAAAGUUUUUCUUGGUAAUAAAUUUUAAGAGGAAUUCACCUCUAGGAUCCUUUCAUAAAAGGCACUAUUAUAUAAAUAGGCAUUACUACCAAACACAGCUUUGCAAGAAACAUUAAUAUCCUUCAAAUAGACUUUUUGUAUCAAUCCUCCAUUCUCUGUGAAAGCUGAGGGCUAUCUUAAAUUCCAGCAAGGGUAAAAAUGAUUUUUCAGGGAGCUGAGGUAAUAAAGGAAUAGAGCUUUUAAAACCCCAGAGAAAAUGAUAAUUUUAACACAUUAAAUCUUUUUUUCUAAAAUAUCAAUUAUUUCAAGUAAACUGUUCACAACUGUUAGACAUCAGAUUAUUCAUGGUUAAAUUAUCUGAGAACUUCUUGAAGUAAUGAUCAUAAAUGUUACUAAUAAAAAGACUGAUGUUUUACACUUCUGUCAAAGGAUAGUGUUAACACUAAAAAUUCAGGACCAUAACCUGAAUUCUUACACAGAUAGAAGGCCAUCCCAUUUUUGUAAAGAAAAGUCCUAAGCUACUAAUUUAGCCUCUACCCCCAAACUAGGUGCAAAUGUCAUUAUAGGGAGAAACAAUGAAAACAGUAGGUAAAAUUCUUUGACAAUUGAGAAAAAUUGUAGACAGCAGGGAAGAUUUAGUUCUUGGGCAGUAAUUUGCUGCUUCUUUUUUAAGGUCUACAAAAAUAAGAAAUACAUUUUCCUCAAAAAGUUUGCAUUCUACUGGAGGGAUAUAACAUUUACAAAAAUAAACAAAGUACAUAAAAAGUAACAUACAAUCCUUCAAGAUGAGGGUGAGCACUCUUAGUGGUGGGACUGGGAUUAGAAAAUAUCUCAUGUUGGAGGCAGAUCAUAAAUUGAAUUGAAGGGAACUAGGGAUUCUAAGAAUCAGAGAAAUGGAAGAGUAUUCUAGAUUUGGGGGCAAGAGAUAAAAGAACCAACAUCCUGUUGAAAGGAACCUCAGCAGUUUGCAUACUUAUCCCAAUUAUGCUGCCAUUGCUCAAAAAAAUGCAGCCCCUGACAAUACACUCUUUUGAAUAUCUUUAAUCAAAUCUCAUCUUCAUUCUUCGAGGAUGACAUUUUGGAAAGUAGCCCAAAACAUUCAAGAUCAAAUCUGAUGAAUAUAGUAGGCUAUAAUGCAAGACAACAUCAUUUUUGUAACUUUCUACUCCAAACUCUGAGGGUUAAACACUAACAGUUUUAAAAGAACCUUUUGAGUAAUGGAAACGAGAGGAAUAAAUACCUUAAGGAAAACAUUUUUAGGAUAUUAAUUUAGAUGUUCAGACUCUUGAUGUUUAUUUUUAAAAAAUGAAAGGACUCACUUUGCAAUUUCAUUCAAAUGAUUAGCAAAAUUGCCCUUUUUUCUUCCCUCUCUUAUUGGAAAAAUAGUCCUUGAUAUGGAAUGAGUCAAGAUUCAAAUUUGGGCUCUAUUUACUACAAGAUGUGACCUUGAUACAAAUAAAAUGACUUGACUUCUUUGGGCCUUACUUUUUUCAAUUCAGUUCUCUUUCUAGUUUUAAAUCUUAUCCUUCAAUAACCACCCAGAUUAGAAUAAGAGAAAUGAGUUUAAUUUGCCACCAGGAAAGUUUAUAUUGAAGAAUUUUUUACCUUUUGGGGAUAUGGAGUUAACUUCCCCAGAGAUUUUUUGUAGAGAAAACAAAUAAUGAUAAUGAAUAAGAAGACUAAAUAUGUUAGACAACUAAAAUAGGAAGUGAAUUAAUUGAAUCUCAAGUCCUUUAAUUAUAACUGAAGGUUCUGGCUAAAAACAGAACUUGUUUUUAGCCAGAUGAAAGGAUUAACAUUUCUUGUUUACAUUUUGGGAGGAUUUUAGGAGAUCUGGCUAGUUAUCAAAUAAUGAAAAUAGAGAAAUAACAAAUUAUAAAAUAUAAAGGUUAAACAAACUCUUUUAAUCUUCUGAGGCAAAUUUAGUGAAACUAUGUUUUAACUUAAAAGCAUAGGAGCUCUAAUAACAAAUUUAAAAAAUUAACA